CCUGUCAUCACAUUGUUCGUUUUUAAAAAAUUCAUACCACAUUAUUUUAUGUUACCUAUUUUUACUUUAAUUUUGUCAUAAAUAUCUCAAUCAUUUCAUCGUUAAGUUUAAAUCAUAGAUAAUUAUGAUUACAUAAGACAAUCAUGUAUACCUAUUCAUUAUGUAUAUUAAAUCAUUUUUCAAUCCAUAAAAUACCUCUUUUAUGUGCUUUAUUUAUCCUAAAAAAUAUAUUGAAAAAGUCUGUAUGUAAAAAGCAGGUAUUCAGAAGUCGAUAAAAUAUUCUUACAGUAUCGCUUACUAUAAAUGGAUUGGAUCAGGAUAUCAUCAAAACUAUUCUUUCUCUGUCCAUUUAGUCAAUUUGUUUGUACUUAUAAAUUGUGAUUCGAAUCUACUCAAUGGAACCUAGUUACAUAUAGAUUUUCAAUGUGAAAGCAAUAGAUAUAAGUAGAAUUUGUUAACAAAAUUUGCAGUUUUAGAACUUAUAUAUACAUACUUUUGCUUGAUAAUACUGCAUUGUCUCUGUUUUAUGGCUGCCGAUAAGACUUGUACUUAUUAUAUUAUUACACUGCAGGAUAUUCGAAAAUUAAUCGUGAUAAAACAAAAAUAUAUUUUCUUAAAAAGUUUCUUCUAAAUCAAUAGGCAAUCCAGUUCGGGUAAAAAAACAUUCAGAUUUUUAACAGGCGAUCCUAAAUUUUAAUCCGCACAAAAGUGACGGUACAACUGCGUACCCUCUAUUAGCCUUAGGCUAGUCGGGAAACGCAGCGAUUCAGGACAAGCCCUGGAUGCAUGACAAUACAUCAAAGCGCGGCCCCAGCAACCACUACCCAAUUUGCUUUGCUGUCUGCCAAUGGUUCAGCCGCUGUCAGGUGAGUAAACCUUGGCUUGUUUAACCACUACUUAACGGAAACACACAUGCCCAUCCGAAUCCAACUGCACGAUGCAUCAUGGCACAAGACCGCGGCCGAUACCAGGGCUCCGGAGACCAUCCGGACUACUUUUCAUAAAUGUCAAAAAUAGGACACAUUUUGACACCCAAAUACUGCAAAGCAGAUGAUCAGUCCGGAAAAAUUCAAACCGAAGGCAGCCAGGAGCCUUCCGAUACGCGUUUAUUAACAAACCUCCAUUGCCAGAGGUGAGUGGGCUAACCAAAGGUAUCCCACAAUGCGACCUGACGGCCAGAGCGUGAAAAGACCACCGAUAAGCCACGCGGAGAGGCGAGCCCGUAGUCUCGUUCUCUCACCGGAUACAACCUCAGUGGAGAAAUACCGACACUCGCCCGCCCAUUGACAAAUGUUCGUUUCACGUUGAGGGUAAAUCGAGGCCCGUGCACUCUAGCAAGAUCUGGGAGUAAAGUACUUCCUCCGGACUCUCCAGGAAACCACACAGAACCGACCAAGAAAUUAAUUCCAGCUGGAACCCUUGACUGUGGUUUCACUAGAUUCAGAUUUUAAAUAAUUAUUAAAAAAAUAUGAUAGUUAACAAAUAACAAUUAUUAUUUAUCAAUAUGAAGGUGACAAAAUGUAAAGUUAAAUGAUUAAUUCAAAGUAAAAAUUCAUCUAUUUGAAUUUUGAUAAAAACUUUUUUGAAGUAGUUCUUUAGCUGUUCAAUGUAAUAUUGUAGUUAUUUACAUUCGAAGCAAUUACAUUUGGAGCAAUUUAAUGCAAUGAAAUGCUAUUGCUUCGGCAGAGAAACAGAUGCUCGUACUAGUUGUCUUUCGUGGCAAUGGUGUCUUCCCGUUUUAUAUAUCUGUGAUUACGGUUGCUCUAUGGCCAAAACACGCCAUUGUUUUUAAUGAUAACGAUACUCUUAUCGUUAAACACCGUCAAUACUCAAUACAACAAAUUAUUAUUAUAGUUAUGAAGUGUAUUAACUUAGGAGAUUUUUGUGUAAAUAAUUGGUCUCUAGUCUUAAUUGAACACGUAUUUUUUUUUUCAACUAGCUUACCUUGUAAAAAUAAAUAAUGUCUUUAUACGAUGAUUUCGACGUGGUUAAACAAAAAUCAGAUGGCUGGUCUUCGGGUAUGAAGCUCUUUCAGUCACAAAUGCAGUUAAAAAAAGCUGCACAAACUCAGGUUUGUAUAUAUUUGAACUAAAAACACUAUUUGGUGUGUGUGUGUUAUGAGAAUUUGACAAUUCAAAAUUGAUAUUAAUAAUAUUCAUAUUAGUAGUUCGUGAAUAUAAAAUUGUAUAAUUAUACUUUGUAGGUAUUUUUUGAAAUUAUUAUUUGUAUAAAAUAGUUACCAAUCUAAGAUACAGGUAAUUUUGAAUUUAUAAAAUGCUAUAUAUAUUUUAGCCAAGAAGAGAAGCAACUCGUAAAACAACAUCGAUUUUGGCACCAGUGAUUGAUUUAAAAAAAAAAGAAGACGAUGAAUCAAUGUUUGAUCCAGGACUUGGUUUUACAAUUUUUCCCAUGGCCCGAGUAAGAUAAAAAAAAAUUUAAUAUCUAAAUAUUUGUAUAUAUAAACAUAUUAUAUCUACAGGUAAUCAUAAAUGUUAUGUUGAUUUCGUUUGUAUGAUUUUUGGAUAACUUGAAAUAAUUGUAUGUUUGUACUGUGUAUAUAAUAUUAAAAAAUAAAAAUAGUUAUAAAUUAUUUGGUGUUUGAACAAUUAUUACAAUUUUCAAUUUUAAAUAAUGUUUAUUAAAGUAUUUCUCUGUUCAGAGUUAUAUAAUAUUUGCAUUAUAUCCUACUUUCCCGUACAACAAUGAUCUAUCUCCAAAAUGCAAUGAAUUAAGACAGGCAAUUAUUAAUUAAAUACAAUAUUGAUUUAAUUUAAUUUAUCCCAUAAAAAAACAAGUUUAUAUAAUAAUAUAAUAUUUUAUUGCUACCUGGUACUAGUUAAUUAUUAAUAGAGCCCAGAUUUUGUAUAUUUUUAGAUAUUGUGACUAAGUGUAUGCAGUCUUAUGAGAGUUAAAAAUGUGGACAGUUUGUUCAAUACAGAAUUCACAUGGAAGUUUUUUUUUUCAUAUUUGAGAAUAUUUUAGAAAUUAGAUAAUAUUUAGCUAGAAAAAAUACCAAUUUAUUAUAAUUUUAAAUUAUUAAUAUUAAUUUUAAUGUACCUGAAAAAAAUAUUUUUCGAAAUUAAAAAUAAAAACAUAAUAUUAUAAAGCAUAUAUUGAUGUACAUUGAUUAUUUUUGAAUGUUCUUCUAAUUUUUAAGAGAUUAUAGGAGAAAAUAUUAGCAUCACACUUUAGGCGAAACCAUCCUUUUCGUUGUUAGACCAAUUGCUAAUGGAUCGAUUCGCCAUAACUAAUUUGCUACCAAUUGUUUUGCAGUUAGCCUUUUUGCUAAUGGACUUAUUCGCCGCCAGACUUAUUUUCUUAAAAGGAAUUAACACAUUUUUAAAAAAAGAGCUAAUACUGUAUGAUAGUUAUUUAAUUUAAAUUUGUACUUAACGAAAAACGAUUCCUAGUAAAAUUUGGUAAGACAAAUUUUGAAUUGCUGUAAUUUAAUCUCAAAACGCCUAUCAAAAUUUAAGCACUAAGCAUUCAACUUAAAUUUAUUUUUUAGACCACUAAGUAAAACUUAUAAUAAAUGAAAAGGUUAGCUGUGAAUAAGUCUGUCAACGAAAAGGCUAGCGGCAAAAUGGUCCGUUGGCAAAGUGUCUUAUAUCCUACUUUAGGUGUUUAAGGAAAAUUUAAAUCCGAACUUUAAUUAUUAACUACAUAAUCAAAAGAUAAUAAUUAUGUAAUUUCAUUAUUAUUUUCAAAACUGAUAUUAUUUAAAACACACUAGUGCAUAUAUUUAUGCAAUUAAUCAGUGAUGUAUGCAGGAUUUUCCAAUGGGGAAGGAGGACCUGUACAUAGGUAAAAUAAAAAUUAUAUAGAACAAUUUGUGCAAAAUAUUAAUUUAUAAGUUCUAUAAAGCUUUUUUUCAUGGAUAUUAUAUAAAAUACAUAAUUGUGUAAUGUAAUUAUUUGUACUUAGUUGAGUAAGUUAAUUUUGUAUUUAAAUUCUGAGCCUAGCAAAAAAUGUAUUGGUUUUAAAAUGUUUAUUAAUUUGUUUUUUUCUGUGGACAACUUAUCUUCCAGAAAUCUUGCUUCUAUUUUUAAUUAUAGCAUCUUUUUUUAAAAGGAAAUUCGACUGCAGAGGUACUUUAAGCAGCUAAUUUUUUAAUUUUACCAGGGGUUUUUCCAAUUUAUUGGAAAAACCGGAAAAAAACUGAAGAAUAAUUUAGGAAAAACAGAAAAAUAGGUACAAUAUUAAUCAAAUAUUAUUUGAUAACAUAUAAUUAUAUUUAAUGUAUAUUUAAUGAGAAUAACCUGGAAAAAUGAACGAAAUGUAUUAUUUUCAAAUCUUAAGUAUUAUGGCCUUUUAAAACAUGUAUAACAUGUAUUUUUUGUUAGCAAAGAUUAAUUAUUAUGUACAGCUUCCCAUUAAACUUUCUUCUAUAUCCUACCUUCCCAACUUCUUACCUAAAACAGUGACCCACCCAUGGUGCGAAGUAUGUCCAUCUUUUUAAAUUUUUAUUUUGCUAACUCUGUGGACAAGUCAAUAAAACCAAUUAUUAAAUCAUGUUAUGCAAUACAUUUUUUUUUUUUUAAUAGGAAGGGAAAAAACAACAACGUCCAUUGUUUCCACCUAUGGACUGGAAUUUUGAUGGCAAUGAAUAUGAUCCCAUGAUACCAAAUGAUUAUGAAAGAGUAGUUAGAGGUAAAUAUAAUUCUUAGAGUUUUAAUUUAAUUGAUUUAGUAUAGUAUAAAAGUUAGUUUUAUUGAUAGGAAUGAUGUAUUUUUUUAAAUUUUAUUUCUUGUUUUUUUAUAACGAUAUAUUAAUAUCUAUAGUAUCAUAAAAUUUAUGCAUAAAAAAUUAAUUGCUAAAGUUAUGAUUUUAGAUUUAAGGGAUAUUCGAGACAAAGAAAAAGAAAAAGAAGAUGAAGAAAGAAGAAAACGAAGAGAAGAACGUAAUAAAAAUAGAGAUCCGUAUGUAACAAAAUAACUAUUUCCCUUAAAUAAAAUUAGUAUGAAGUAUAUGCAUUUUUAUUUUAGUGGCUACAAUGUAAUUGAUACACCUGCUGGAGGUUUAACACCCAAUAUGGACGACAGACGAAAAACUGGAUUUACUGGAUUUGGUGGUCGUAAAGAUAGUGAUAGUGAAGAAGAAGAAUCAAAACCUAUGGCUAGAAUUCCUGGUGCUGCUAUUGCUCCACCACCGUCAUUGCAAGAAUCAUUUGUAUCGUCACCUGGACCACAACAAUCUUCGGGAGUUGGCAUGGGCAUGGGAGUUGCGGCUAAAAUAAUGGCUAAAUAUGGUUUUAAGGUAACUAAAUAUAUUAUUGUUAUUAUGUAUUGAGUUCUAAAUAAUUGAUGGAAAUCUUAUGAUAGGUAAGGUUAGUCUAAUAUGAAAACAAAAAAUAAAACUAACCCAACUAAGAAAUUAUUCACUCAAAAAUAUGCAGGGUGUCCCACGAUGAUCUGCCACUUGAAAUAACUUGUUCUAUUCAAUAUUUUUGAUAUAUAUAUUUUUUUUAAAUAAUUAGUCUGUCUCUGCGCUACAGUUUAUAUAUGAACCUUUUUUUUUUAGGAGUACUUAAAUUUUAUUAGGAAUAAUUUUUUUCUAAAUAAUUCAAAAUAACCAUUAUGUAAAAUAGAUUUUUAGAAAAUUGUUGGUGAAAGUAUGGUCAUUUAUUUUCUAUGGUGGAACUUAAGGAACAUUCUUUGAGGAACAGUUGCUUAACUAACUUAGUGCGUUCUCUCUGUUUUCGUUCUGUCCGUGAAAAUAAUGUUAUAUUACAAUAUUUUGUAAAAUUAUAUUCCCAUCUAAUUUAAGCACACAUCCAUUACAAUCAUGACUAAAGAUACAACCAUUUGUGAACCUAGGAUGUAAAGUGUAAUUAUUAUUUUUAUAGUGUUUUAAAAAAAAAAUAUUAAAAAUAUUUUUUCAUUAAAAUAGGUAUUCUUUUACUCGAAAAAUCAUGUUGUGUUUUAUGUUUUUUAUCUAUCUGUUCUUAUAAAGGUUUAAAAACCAGUACAUUUAAGGUACUAAAGAAAAUUCCUUUAAAGGUUGAAUGAGAGAAAGCUUUAGGUGUUACAUUAGGAAAAAAUUCUAGUAUACCAUAUUAAAAAUGAAGACAUUUUAUACACUUGGUUAUUUGAACAAGGAUCAGUAAAUAUACAGUAAUCAUUUUAUUGGUUUAUUAUUUUGUAUUGAUCACAGAAAAUUGUACUUUCUUUGGUUUUCUAAUAAUAAAGCAAAAUAUUCAAGAAAAAAUUUUAGAUUUGUUUAAACGCCCAAAGCUUUGUUUGAAUUAAGUCUGAAUUCCUCAAAAUUAUUUAUACAUCACCAGUAUUAAUAGAAAUUAUUGUUUUAAAUAAAAUAUAAUAAUUUAAUAUACAUAUUAAUUGUAUAAAUUUUGUACUUUAGUUUGUUAGUUGUGACUGAAGUUGUAGUCAUAAAUUGUAAUCAUUAAUGAUUUAAAAUUUCACAUUCACAAACAUUUUGUGAAUUGUGAAAGUGAUAUAAUAUAGUACAUAAAUAUUCCACUGUGAUUUACAGAAUUGUUUUAUCAUCCAAGUAAUAUUGUAGUCACAAUUUCAUAGGCCAUUGGGUAACCAGUACAUCUUUAAUUAUGCUAAUAACUAAUUAAAUAUUAUAGUAGAAUAACCACAAUAGGUAAUAUUCACAUUUUUAAAAACUUCAAAAAAUCUUAGAAAAUAAAAGACCAUGCUUCAAAAAAAGUUUUAACCACAAAAAAUGUAUUUUACAAAAUAGUUAUUUUGAAUUUUUUAUUUUUUAAGUUCCCGUCCCCUGAAAAAAAAAUGUUCACAUAUAAACUUCAACACCUCUCUAUACUAAUUAUUUAAAAUUUGUCCUAGGAUAAUGGGGACAGGUGCAGCCACUUUUGUAGUUGGGAAUUUGGGAACGUGGGAUAUAGAAAGGAAUUUAGCACAUAUCUUUAAGCAACGAUAAACCAUUACUAACGAAAAAACCAGUGCAGUUAAGUUUAUAGUGAUGCUUUAUCAACAAUAUAUAUGUCAUAUUAUGGUAAAAUAAUUAAAUAGGAAUUAUAUAUUUCCUUUAAUAAUAUUUGUUAAAUAUUAUACUGAUUUUAUAUUUUUUCCUCAGUUUUUUUCAAAUUUUCACUUUUGUUGAGACAACUCUUAAGAAAAUCGAAAAAUUACCUUCCUAAAGUACCAUCCUAGAAAAAAUUUCCUUUAAAAAGUGUCUUCACCAUAAAAAUUGGUGUAAGCUUUCACAUAAAAAAAAGAACAUCUUUGUACAACCAAUACAUUCUUUGCUACACACAAAAUCUAAAAAAAAAAAAUAUAUCAUAAAUAUUGAAUAGAAAAAGUUAUUUCAAGUGGCAUCUUUCCUAACCUAAUCAUCUUUGUGGACACCCUGUAUAUAUAUAUACAUAUGUUCUUUUUCUUUGUCUUUAUCCCAACUAUUUAACUUCUAACUCCACAUCGUCUUCAUGUAUAACCGCAGUCCUCAUAUUUUCAAAUGCAUCCAACCACCUGUUUCUUGUUUUUGUUUAUUUUCAUUACAAUUUUUACUGCUUUUGAUUCCUCUCUUUUCAAUACCAUGUUAUGGUACAUUAUAAUCUUAUUAUGAUAUUUUUAUUGAUAUAUUAAUUACUAUAGCAUGGAAUUAUAUAUAUGGAUUUAUUGCAUAUUUUAUUUUGCAUAUUUUUGAAUAUUUGACCAUAAUUAAAUAUUUAUUUCAUAUUUCAAUGAAAAUAUUAUGUUUCACAACAAAAAAAUCUGUCAGUCGUCACCAGGACGAUGCUCCGAUUUAAUUCCAGUGUUCAUUGAAGCUGACUGACAUUGUGCAGCUUUAAUAUAUAUUAUUUAUUUAUUAUGCACCAACUACUGAUGUUGAACAUCAAUAUUCAUUUUAAAUUUAUAAACAUUUAUUGACAAAUAGACAUCAUAGUUUCACCAAAGAAAAACUUGAAUAUCAUUUAGUAAUUAACUUUAAUAUUACAAAUAAUAAUUGAUUGAAUACUUUUUUAUAAUUAUUCUAUUUUAGUCAAUAAUAUUGACUAUAUUAUUAUUAAAUAUAUUAUCUUUUCUAAUUCUUCUUUAUACCUAGGGUACUAUAAUUUAUAAUUUUUUUUUACUUUAUGAUAUAUAGCAUAUUUUAAUACUUUUUAUUGCAUAUAAAUUUGAGCUCUAAUUAUGAUGUUCAAUGUUUGAGUUAUUAUUAAAAAUAACAAACAUUGAUAAAAUCUAUCCAAGUUGAUUCUUUCUUUUUCACAUUAAUAUUUAAUUUACAGACAUUGAAUAGGUUACAAAAUUCAUAAAUAUUCAUGAUGUAUUAUUAAAAUAAAUCUUAAGGAAAAUUUAUUUGUGAUUUUUUUUGCCUUAAAAAUGUUUUUAAUUCAAAAUUAUAUUAAUUAAUUUGUAUUUAGUAACAUAAGAAUAGAUAUAAUUAUAUUUAAUAUCUAGGAGGGACAAGGUUUGGGAAAGAAAGAACAAGGCAUCUCAGUAGCAUUACAAGUGGAAAAAACAAGCAAAAGAGGAGGUAGAAUUAUUCACGAAAAGCCGGGUGGUAAUAUUUCACCUCCUCCAUUGGUGCCUAUGGUACAAGAUGAUUUUGUAGCACCUGCUCCUCCACCUCCUAAACCAUUACAAAGUAUUACAGAAAUUAUGAAGGAACAAUCAAAGGUAAAAAAUUAAAACCGUUUUAUAUCAUCAAUAUUAACUUAAUUGAAAAAAACAACAAUAGGUAGUACUAUUACGAAAUAUGGUUGGACCGGGUGAAGUUGAUCAGGAUCUUGAACCUGAAGUAAAAGACGAAUGUAACACCAAAUAUGGGGAUGUUAACAGAGUAGUUAUUUAUGAAGUUCCAAAUGUAGAUCCUGAAGAAGCUGUACGCAUAUUUGUAGAAUUUAAACGUAUAGAAUCAGCAAUAAAAGGUGAAAUUAUUAUUAUACAUUUAAUUCUGAUAAUUCUUUAAACUAUAUUUAUUUAUUAUUUUAUAUUUUAUUACAGCUGUGGUAGACUUAAAUGGCAGAUUUUUUGGUGGUAGACAAGUAAAAGCUGGAUUUUAUAGCGCAGAGAAAUUAAACAGUUAUCAGCUGCUUGAUUAAAACAAAUUAGUUAAUAGAAAUAAUUUUUUUAUUGUACAAUUUUAAUUCAAUUUAAUUUGGAUUAAUUUUUUAAUUUUUUAUUAUACAAAAUAAAUUUAAUUUUCUUCGAAUGCAGUAAAAACUAUUUUAUUAUUAUAAUAGUAUUCUAGAGGGACCAGAUAAAAUAAUUUGUUUAAUCUAAUAUUUUCUAUAAAUGGUUUUUUUUUAAAUGUAUGUAUCAAUUUCAAUUUAACUUCCAAACAGACGAAGUAGAGAAUCCUCGAUUUUCUAAACAACAAUUUUCUGUUAAUUUGUAUUCUGCAAGCUUUGUUAGUUGACAUUCUGGUUUAAAGCAAUGUCUACCCGGAUCACCAAUAAGCACAAUCUUUCCGUGGUUAUGCAGUGUGUUUAGCCAUUUCCACAGUAACUCAGCUAUAUCUUUUGAAUAAAACAUAUCACCAACAAUAAUAACAUCCCAUUGUGAACAAUCAUCUGACAAAAUAUUCUUAGGUAAUACAUCAAUACAGAUGUUGUUUAAUUGAGCAUUUAAUUUAGCUGCUACACAUGCAACUGUUAAGACCGAUAAAAUAUAUUGUAUACAAUUAAAAUUUUAAUGUACAUUUUUUUUCAACAAUAAGCACCUGGGUCUAUGUCGUUAGCUGUAACUUGACUGGCACCUGCAAUAGCUGAUGCUAAAGCGCAUGCUGCACUACCGCUACCAACAUCCAAUACUUUUUUGUUAUUAACAUAUUGACGGUUAUCCAAUAUAAACCU